AUGUGCAUAUCUUUUCAAAAGACUUUUAUUUUUAGUGUAAGCCGUCGUUUAUUACUUCUCUUGGCUGGACUUACAACUACUUUAAGCCUCAGUUCAUAUUUAAUUUUUGACCGGCUAACUUUACUUAAUGGAAUAUUCCGUUAUGGAUGUGCAUUUUCUUUUAUUGUUUAUUUUUGCUGUUUUGGGUAUUCAGUAUUUCACAAAAUUUCUAAAAAACUCAAAAUUCCUCAUUUCAGAAUAGCUUUGGGCACAAUUCCCUUUUACAUUGCAGGGGAAUUAUUUCCCCAAAAUUUUCGUUCAACAGGCCAAGCAAUUGUCCAGUCCUCUCUUUGUUUGUUUGGUUUUGUUUUUAAUACUUUAAUUUUGCCCUUGUAUGCGGCUAUUGGAGUUUGGUGUUUUCUUCCUUUAUUUAUCAUUCCACAGAUUUUUUGCUUAACAAUUCUUUGGAUAUUUCUUCCGGAAACGAGGUGA